AUGAAUAAAUUUCAAAGAGACAACUGGAGGAAGUACUCCCUUAAGUUUACAGUAAAGGAUGGUGAGCUGUUUUACUGGCGUGGCAUGACUGUGAUGAUUGACAAUUGGAUUGCUGAGUGUGACCAAUGUCAACGGCGGGAUUUUGUAAAUGAGCUCAAUGAUUCUCUGUGCUCUCUGCUGGGCAUUGAGAGAAGCGUCACCGCUGCGUACCACCCACAGACUAAUGGGUUGGACGAAAAGACCAACCACAACAUCAAGAGAGCUUUGAUGAAGUUGGUGAAUGAGCAGCAGAACAACUGGGACACAUUCCUUGAUGCCACACUGUUCUCUUUGAGGUCAAAGGUGCACAUCUCAACCAAACACACCCCAUUCCAGUUGAUGUAUGGGCGGGAGGCUGUGUUCCCCUCAGAGGUGCCUGUAGAUUAUCCUCAGGUGGGGGACCAUGACUGUCACCCCCUGCAGGACACUCUGCUCUGGAGAGCAGCUUCAAUUCACCAGGACACUGCCAAAUGUGACAGCUACACACCAAUGGAACUUGAGAGUGAGAAGGCGCUUGACAUACAAACAGAACAGAGCAAUGAGGGUAUGCCCCAUUGGGCAGUCUUUAUUCAAAGUUCCAACCCAAAGUACAACAAAGGAAAGCAAACAGCAAAGCCAACACUUGAGGCUGACCAGGACAGAAAGCCAACGCACUGGCCUUCAGGAUCUGUGAACUCUUCGCGUAUCCUGAGCACAUCACAUGCAGGAAUGACCUGGCUCCCAGUCGUCCCGAGCACCAGCUAA